AUGACGGAGCCUGUCGCGGUCAGCAGCAUGGACGAGCUCAAAGCGCUCACAGCGGCCAAUAAGUACGUGGUGCUGGACUUCUGGGCCGAGUGGUGCCCGCCGUGCAAGGCGAUCGCGCCCAUCUUCAAGACGCUGGCGGGCAAGCACGGGGUGGCCGGCGCGCUGGCGUUUGGCAAGGUGGACGUGGAGGAGGCGCGCGACGUGGCGCAGGCGUUCGGCAUCAGCGCUAUGCCGUCGUUCCUGUUCCUCGAGGACGGCGAGCCCGCCGGCGUCGACGUCGGCGGCCGCGCCAAGGGCCCCGCUGUUGUGGCUACCGACGACGGCAAGGUCACGCUGCUGCGCGGGGCGGACCCGCGCAACUUGAUGCUCAUCGCCGAGGAGCUCGGCAAGCUGGCGCGCACCGUCGGUGUCGCCGAGGUUGAGCCCGAGGCUGAACUCCGCAAGGACUCGUUCCCCCAGGUCUAA